AUGGGGAACAAACAAUCUGCAUCAUAUGACCUGAACGAUGGAUCGGUGAAACGAAUUGAUCAAGUAAAAGACACAGUACCGACGUCAGCUGGAGACAGCGGCGUAACUGGUAAAAAAUUGGUAACAAAUUCUAAUGAAAGUCCGCCUUUACAGCAUUUGGACCGAGUGGAACCACCACCAGACCUACCAAUGAGAGCUCCGAAAGCGUGA